CAUAAGCUCUCUUUCUAGAUUUUCUCAAGCUCUCCCUCUCUUUCUCGCCCCCACUUGCCCUCUCCAAUGGCGAACUCAUAUAGAGUUAUGUGGGUAUUAUUUUUGUUAGUGCAAUUUUUGUGUAAUAGGGCUGCUGAUGGCUCUCAUAUUCUCGCUAAUAUAAAAGAACAUUUGGAAUCAGUCCCGGCCACCGUUAUCGAUAAUAAAUAUAGGACUGGUUAUCAUUUCCAACCUCGGAAUAUGUGGAUGAAUGAUCCAAAUGGGCCAAUGUACUACAAAGGUUUCUACCAUUUAUUCUACCAAUACAAUCCUAAUCACGCAUUUUGGGAAGCCCCUAUUUGGGCUCACUCAGUCUCAAAGGACAUGAUCAAUUGGGAGGCACUCGAACCCGCGAUCUCCAUGUCCAAACCCUUCGACCUUUCAGGUUGUUGGUCUGGGUCCACUACCAUCCUACCCGGUAACAGACCUGUUAUCCUUUACACUGGCAUUGACACGCGUGGCUACCAAGUACAGAAUGUUGCGUACCCCAAAAACCUAUCUGACCCGUAUCUUCGCGAAUGGGUCAAGCCUGAUUACAAUCCGUUAAUUACCCCCCCUGAAGAUAUCAAUGUUACUAAGUUUCGUGAUCCGACGACAGCCUGGCUGGGCCCUGAUCGCCGUUGGAGGUUAGUCAUCGGGGGGUUAAGGAAACAUCGAGGGAUGGCAGUGCUGUAUAAAAGCAAAGAUUUCAUCCGUUGGAUUCGGGCAAAACACCCACUACACUCAGCCCCAGAUACGGGUAUGUGGGAGUGCCCGGAUUUUUAUCCGGUGUCCACGGAGGGUAAAUUGGGCGUAGACACUUCAGAUUACCGUAACGGGUUGAAGCAUGUACUGAAAAUUAGCUUGGAUAGAGACAGAUGGGAUUAUUAUACUAUUGGUUCGUACAACUACACUGCAGAAAAAUUUGUCCCAGAUGGUAUGAUGGUGGAUAACCGUACAGGAUUAAGAUAUGAUUAUGGUAACUACUACGCUUCAAAGACAUUUUUUGAUGUGGCUACUAAAAGGAGGAUCUUGAUGGGGUGGUCUAAUGAGUCAGAUAGCAAAAUUGAUGAUAUCGUUAAGGGUUGGGCUGGUAUUCUGACAGUUCCGAGAGCUAUUUGGCUUGAUGCAAAUGGUCGGCAACUAGUUCAGUGGCCCAUUAAAGAGCUUGAGAAACUUAGAGGGGCACUUUUUUCAGUACAGAAUAAGAAACUGCAGAGUGGCGGACUUGUUGAAAUCUCAGGAAUAUCAGCUGCACAGGCAGAUAUAGAGGUGGAUUUUGAGUUAUCAAACCUAGCAAAGGCUGAGACAUUUGAUCCACUUUGGACUGAUCCUCAAAAACUAUGUGAAGAAAAUGAUUCAGAUGUAAAGGGUGGGGUUGGACCCUUUGGACUUCUAACCCUAGCUUCAGACAAGAGAGAGGAGCAAACUGCUGUGUUCUUUAGAAUUUUUAAAGCUACUCACAAGUAUGUGGUUCUAAUGUGUCAUGAUCCAUCAAGGUCUUCAUUGAGGCCAGGACUUUAUAAACCAACCUAUGGUGGUUUUGUUGAUAUUGAGAUUCAGAAGAAUGGCAAGAUUUCCCUAAGAAGUUUGAUUGAUCAUUCUGUGGUGGAGAGCUUUGGAGGUGAAGGAAGAACUUGUAUGACAUCAAGAAUUUAUCCCACACUUGCAGUAGGAGACUCUUCUCACCUAUUCGUCUUUAAUAACGGAGCAGAAGAUGUGAAAAUCUUAAAGCUCGAUGCAUGGGAAAUGAGGAAGCCUUUGAUGAAUGGAGAAUAGAUAGGCAACAUUAUAGAAUGUAGAUUUUUUUUCCAUUUUCUUAUUAAUUAAAUGCCACUGCAUUCUCAUAGUGUUUUUCUGCUAUUUAGAUUUUAAUUUCUUUUAUUAAGAAUUAUAUUCUCAAGUUGUAUUGAUUAAGAUCAAACUAGUAAAAGUUUGAAAAGUACUAGGAGCUGUAUUGGGAGGGAAAUGAGGACUAUAUGUUUUGGCUA